ACUUCUUCCUUCCAUCCCCUCCCUCCCCAGCCUUCCCCGCGAGCGGACGCGGCAGCGCUUCUGUCUCGCUUUUUCUUAUUUUUCCCCCCUUUCCCCUUCCUUUUUUUUCCUUUUACCCUCCUUCCCCCCCUUUCACCAUUUCCCCUCGAAGACGCUUCCCCCGGGCAGGGGCAGAGCCGGUCUCACUCCCCGCCUCUCCCCGGCCCCCGCCGCCCUAUGGCGAGAGGGAACCCCCUCCCCACCCGGGCACUAGCGGCGGUGGUUGGAGGAGUGGGACCGGCGGUGGCCGCGGCAGCCUCAGGUCCGGGGGAGUCAUGGAACUAAUUCGCUGACCCACCGGCCGCAGCCGUGCGUCUCGCUCGAUCGCCAGCGCCCGCGCCCCCCCCCCCGGCCCGGUUCCCCCUCUUCUCCCUCCUCAGUCGGUCCCGUCCUUGUCCCGCGCGCCCCGCCGCCGCGCGCUGAGGAAAAUGGGGUGGUAACGGGCACCCGGAUGACCCCGCGUCACCACUGUGAGGCCUACAGCUCCGCCGGGGAGGAGGAGGAGGAGGAGGAAGAGGAGGAGAAGAAUGUUUCUCCAUCCCAGAGAGAUGAAGUGAUUCAGUGGCUGGCCAAACUCAAGUACCAAUUCAACCUUUACCCAGAAACAUUUGCUCUGGCUAGCAGUCUUUUGGACAGGUUUUUAGCUACUGUAAAGGCCCAUCCAAAAUACUUGAGUUGUAUUGCAAUCAGCUGUUUUUUCCUAGCUGCCAAGACUGUUGAGGAGGAUGAGAGAAUUCCAGUACUGAAGGUGUUGGCAAGAGACAGUUUCUGUGGAUGUUCUUCAUCUGAAAUUCUGAGGAUGGAGAGGAUUAUACUGGAUAAGUUGAAUUGGGAUCUUCACACAGCUACACCAUUGGAUUUUCUUCACAUUUUCCAUGCCAUUGCAGUGUCAACUAGGCCUCAGUUACUUUUCAGUUUGCCCAAACUGAGCCCCUCUCAACAUUUGGCAGUCCUUACCAAGCAACUCCUUCACUGUAUGGCCUGCAACCAACUUCUACAAUUCAAAGGAUCCAUGCUUGCUCUGGCCAUGGUUAGUUUGGAAAUGGAGAAACUUAUUCCUGAUUGGCUUCCUCUUACAAUUGAACUGCUUCAGAAAGCACAGAUGGAGAGCUCCCAACUGAUCCACUGUCGGGAGCUUGUGGUGCAUCACCUUUCUUCUCUGCAGUCUUCCCUGCCUCUAAAUUCCGUUUACGUCUACCGUCCCCUCAAGCACACCCUGGUGACCUGUGACAAAGGAGUGUUCAGAUUACAUCCCUCCUCUGUCGCAGGCCCAGAUUUAGAUUUCUCCAAGGACAACAGCAACCCGGAAGUGCCAGUCAGAGGUGCGGCAGCCUUCUGCCAUCAGCCCCCAGCUGCCCGUGGGUGCAAGCAUACCUCUGCUAAACGCAAAGUAGAGGAGAUGGAAAUGGAUGACUUCUAUGAUGGACUCAAACGGCUCUAUAAUGAAGAUAAUGCUUCGGAAAAUGUGGGUUCUGUAUGUGGCACUGAUUUAUCAAGGCAAGAGGGACAUGCUUCCCCUUGUCCACCUUUGCAGCCAGUUUCUGUCAUGUAGCUUCCAGUGCAAACUAAGGUAGACUACUCUGGGAAUGGGAACAUGGGAAAACCAGGAAAGGCUAUAUACAGGUGUAUACCUUAGCAGGCCAAUUUGAAGUGAGCCAGAGAAAAAGCCCGUUUACUUGUGUGGCAAAUUAUAAUCAACAUUAUUUAAGCAUUUAAAGACCAAAAGUGUGAAAUUCAAAAGAUCCAAAUUUUUUUUAAAGUAAAAAAAAUCUUGUAGUGUUUGUCAGUUCCAUCCUUUUCUCUGCUAAAAUGUAAUGGAGAUUGACCCAUCUCAGAUUCAUAUUCAGUUUAAAGUUCCAAAAUUUAACUGGCACACACCCUGUCUCCAGCAUCCUGAUUUAAUUUUCCUCAUUUUUGCUUGCUUCUUUAUUGAAUACUUAAUGAACUUUAUGCAUGUGGAUCUAUAGCCUGACUUCCACUGAUUAGGAAACCCUCAAAAUCAUUUUUUAGCGAUUUAGUGAAUAAAUUAUUUGUGUGACAGCCAUGUUUAAUCCAGGAUUCAAAUUAAUCCGAAAAGGGUACUUCAGAAUUGCCCCAUAUGAAUGAGAGGCGGUAAUAGAAAAAGGACUGGCAUGACCACAUUGAUUUUGUGUUUGUCUCAUUUCAGUUCUUGGAGGUUGGAAACAAAAUUGUUUUCAUUUUUGUUUAUCUUAAAUUGGAACUUGAAAGUGGCGUGUAAUUAGGACACUCUUAGAUUUGUUGAAAGCAUUUUUGACUUUUGUAUAAAAGAAUUUGUGAUAAAUAUAUCCAGGUGCUCACCAAAGAAACAUGUAACAACUAAGGUUUUGGUUUGUUUUGUUUUGUUUUUGGUAACUGAUCAGUUUUCACUCAUUUAUAAUCAGUAGGAGAGACUGUCUAGAUGUUGGGGCAGCUCUAUGAUUGGGGUCUGUAACGUGUAAUAACUGAAUUCAGUACCCUAGAUUUAUGUUAAGCUAUUAGUAUUUUCUUGAUGAAAGUUAUUCACCCUACCUGUAUUUCUUUUAAUGACUUCUGGAUCCUGAGCUCCCUGUGCAGUCUGAAGAAGGUAUUGCAGUCAGAACCAUGUACUGAUGAUAAAAGCCUCUGGUAGCAAUAAAAGUUGUCCUUAACCUUU